CUCCAGAGCUUCAAGACACCCCAUAAACCACACAGAAUGUCCAGAGUAGGCGUAUUAGCAUUGGGACCUGCUGGAGUGGGCAAGUCGACUUUCUGUAACUCGAUAAUAGCACACAUGCAGUCCAUCGGCCGUAGAGCUCACAUAGUGAAUCUUGAUCCAGCAGCGGAAGCCACUGAAUUCGAGUUCACAAUCGAUAUCCGAGAUUUGAUUUCGUUGCAAGACGUAAUGGAAGAAAUGGAUUUAGGUCCCAAUGGAGGCUUGGUGUAUUGUUUUGAAUUUUUGUUGAACAACUUGGACUGGCUCGAUGAGGAAAUAGGAGAUUACAACGAUGAGUAUCUCAUCUUUGACUGUCCAGGUCAGAUAGAACUUUACACGCAUAUCCCUGUAUUGCCUACUAUCGUCAAACACUUGCAGACGUCCCUUAAUUUCAACCUCUGUGCUACAUAUUUAUUGGAGGCUCCUUUCAUCAUAGACACCUCUAAGUUCUUCUCGGGAGCAUUGAGUGCCAUGUCAGCCAUGAUCUUGCUAGAGUUGCCACAUAUCAACAUCUUGUCCAAGAUCGACUUGGUCAAGGACGAGUUCAGCAGAAAGCAGUUGAAGAAGUUCUUGAACCCAGACCCUCUUCUUCUUAGUAAUGAAGAUGAGGAGUAUAAUCCGAAGUUUUCCAAGUUGAACAAGCUUAUUGCUAACUUGGUCGAUGACUUUGGUAUGGUUCAGUUCUUGCCCUUGGACUGUUCGAAAGAUAGCGACUCUGUAGCCACGAUUUUGAGCUAUAUUGAUGACGUUACCCAAUGGAGUGAAAGUCAGGAACCAAAGGAACCCGUGGACGAAGAGUUUGACGUGGAUGCUGAAUAUGAAUAAGCGUAACAUAACUAAAUUCCAGUGGAUAUAAGACAACAGGCGGUUUAGGGAGCAUUCAAGAUCAUCUAAAGCAAGACAUAUUAUUGAGAGUGAUCUCGUGUACCAUACAUUCUGUAUAUAUAGCAAGCAUUAAGUAAAUUAAUAUAGAAUUUUCAUUCU